UCCUCCCUCCUUCCCCUCCCCCUUCAUCCUCCAAUCCCCAUCCCUCUCUGCUUCUGUCAGUGAGGAACCGUGUCUCUCAGGACCCUGAUGCUCUGGUUGAGCCCGUGGCUCCGGUGAUUGUGAUUGGUCCGAAGAAUAUGUCUGUCGUGGCAGGGAGGGAAGCUAUACUUGAGUGUAUUGCUAAUGCCAGGCCGGUGGAGAGGCUGGUGUUGUCGUGGAAACGUAAUGGGCGUCGGCUGGCCAGUGGAGUGGGCGUGUUCGGUCGUCGCCUGACCCUCUCUAGCCCCUCCCUCUCGGACGGGGGCGUGUACGUGUGUGAGGCGUCGCUUCUCAACUCCACCACCAGACCCACCGAGGCCCGGGCCCAUCUCACUGUACUGGAGCCUCCGUACUUCACUGCUGAACCCAGACUGAAGAGUGUAGCAGCGGUGGACAGGAACGUGGACUUACAUUGUCAGGCCAAGGGAGUCCCCCCGGCCCGUAUAGAGUGGUAUAAAGACGCUGUGCCCGUAUCCAAGUUGGCCAACCCUCGCUACAAGGUUACUGCGGCAACGGGUCUGACUGUGCGGAGAGUCCAACCAGGAGAUGCCGGAAUGUUCCAGUGUUUCGCUCGGAACGCAGCCGGAGAGACACAGACACACACACAGCUGGUGGUCACAAGUGUCACCCCCUCCUUCUCCCUCCUCCCCUCUGAUCUCACCGUUACCGACGGCAACUCGGCUGUGUUCACCUGCGAGACCACUGGAGCCCCCAAACCCGCUGUCAGUUGGAGGAGAGGUUCCCAGCUCCUGGCCAGUGGGACAGUCCAGAUUCCCAGGUUCACCCUGCUGGAGUCAGGUGGUCUGCUGGUUGAGCCAAUCAGGAUGGAGGAUUCUGGCGACUACACCUGUACUGCCGCUAGCGCAGACGGAUCCAUCAACGCUACGGCCACUCUCACUGUCUGGAUUCGUACAUUCAUCUCAGUCCCGCCGGUGGACCAGAGGGUCAUCAAGGGAACCACGGCAACCCUGGACUGUAACGCUACACACGACCCCAGGAUCAACAUCAGUUUCCAGUGGCAGCGUGGAGCAGUACCCCUCCGGCCCAGCGGGGGCAGAGUGUCUAUAUUGUCUGGUUCUCUGACCAUCAGCCAGACUUGGUCAGGCGACAUAGGAGACUAUACCUGCACUGUGACAUCCCAGGCCGGGAACCAAUCACGCUCCGCACGCCUCGAAGUCAUUGAGCUCCCCCACUCCCCCAGGUCUCUGUCUGUGUCUCUGAAUGAUUCAGACAGCCGUUCAGUUCUUCUCUCCUGGGUCAGACCCUUCGAUGGAAACUCUCCUCUUCUACACUACAUACUGGAGCUGUCUGAGAACAACUCUCCAUGGAAGGUGGACACGUCGGAGGUGGGGCCUGCUGUGACACAGGUGUCGGUGGGCGGGCUCACCCCUGCCAGGACCUAUCAGUUCAGACUCUGUGCUGUCAAUCAGGUGGGCCGUGGCCAAUACAGCGGCGAGACACAGAGGUUGAUGCUGAGAGAGGAGGCUCCCAGCGCUCCUCCUAAGAACAUGGUGGCGUCGGGUCGUACCAACCAGUCUAUCAUGGUCCAGUGGCAGCCUCCCCCAGAACCACAGCACAAUGGACUGCUCCGAGGAUACGUCCUCAGGUAUCGUCUGGCAGGUCUACCAGGAGAGUACCAAGAGAAGAAUAUCUCUAGUCCAGAGACGAACUACUGUCUCCUAUCAGACCUCAUAAUCUGGACUCAGUAUCAGAUACAACUGGCUGCCUACACUGCUGCAGGCCUGGGAGAGUAUAGUACUGCUGUUACUGAGUACACACUACAGGGAGUCCCCACAGCGCCCCCUCAGGCUGUAGAGGUAACAGCAGUCAGCUCCUCAGCGAUCAGAUUCACCUGGAACCCUCCGCCUCAGCAGUUCAUCAACGGGAUCAACCAGGGAUACAAGUUGCUAGUCUGGCCAGAGCACUCCCCCGAGGCUGUAACCAUAGUGACCAUCACACCCGACUACCCCGGUUCCCGCCUCACCGGAUUGGUUGUUGGACUAAGGAAGUUCACCUGGUAUCUAGGCUCCACCCUCUGCUUCACCACACCCGGCGAUGGACCCAAGAGCCCUCCCAUACUGUUACAGACACACGAAGACACUCCAGGUCCGGUGGGUCACUUGAGCUUCACUGAGAUCCUGGACACGUCUCUGAGGGUGAGCUGGGCAGAGCCUAUAGACAAGAACGGCAUCAUCACAGGUUAUGUGAUAUUGUGGUGUGUUUCUGGGUCAGCAUCGGGGUCAGGGUCGGAGGGCAAUGCGUCAUGUGAGGAGCGAGCUCUCUCUAACUCUACCCUGCAAUACAAGGUCACCAGCUUGACCUCUAUGACAUCAUACGCCCUGGAGGUCGCCGCCAUGACAGCGGCAGGAAGAGGCGUGGCCACCACCUCCACCAUCUCCUCUGGAGUUCCACCAGAGCUUCCUGGUGUGCCCUCUAACCUGGUCAUCUCCAACAUCAGCCCUCGCUCCGCCACACUAAGGUUCCGCCCGGGCAAUGGGAAAACGGUCAUCUCCAAAUGGAUCGUAGAAGGACAGGUCAGGAUUUCACUGGAUGGGAAGGAGGAGAAGUGGAGAGUCGUGUAUGAGAGAGAGAACAGAGAGAAGCAGCCUGAUGUCGACUCAAUGGAAAUACCAGACCUCCUCCCCUUCACACUGUACAGGUUCCGAUUGCGCCAGGAGAACAUUGUGGGCUCCAGUCCCUCUAGCACCCCCUCCAGGAUGAUUCAGACACUGCAGUCGGCCCCGACCACCCCUAACAACCUCACCCUGGUUACAGCUACACAGACCAGCCUCACACUACGCUGGGCGCCGUUACCGGUUUCUGAGUAUAAUGGUAGUCCAGAGACGGUGGGUUACCGGGUGUGUGUCCGGCGGGCAGACGGCCGGGGAGAGGAGAGGAUGGAGGAGGUGGCGGAGGUCAGAGGACAGGGGUCAGGGGCUAGUGGUCAGCAAAGCGAGACGAUGCUGGAGGGCCUGGCUGAAUGGACGGACUACCAGUUGAAGAUACAAGCCUUUAACUCCAUAGGAGACGGACCAUGGAGUAACACACUGACCACACACACCAAGGAGUCAGUGCCGUCUGGCUGUCCAGUGAAUGUGAGUGUGGAGGCGGUGAGUUCUACCAGGAUUUUGGUCACAUGGUCUCCUGUUCCCGAGAUGCAGAGAAACGGACCCAUCCUCGGUUACAAGGUGUUGUACGCGGUGAAGGAUUGUGUAGACGCCCCCUCAGUGUGGUCAGUCCCAGGGGAGAGGAGUGUUUCUGUCCUCCUGGGGGAACUCCUGAAGUACACAGUCUACCAGAUACAGCUGGUAGCAUUCACACAGCUGGGGGACGGACCACCGAGCCCCAGAACACUACACAGGACCAAGGACGACGUUCCAGGUCCUCCAGUGAGGCUGUUGUUUCCAGAGGUUCGUCUGACGUCUGUCAGGGUGGUGUGGCAGCCGCCUACUGACCCCAACGGGAUUAUCAUGGGUUAUCAGAUAGCGUACCGUCUGGAUGCCGGCGACCCCAUGCGGUUCACUACGGUGGAGGUGGGGUCGACCGCGCGUCAGUUUACAGUCAGCGGUUUGACCGGAGACCAGGCCUAUGUGUUCAAGUUGACCGCUAGGACCUCUCAGGGACGGGGCAGAGCUGAGGAGGCUGUAGUUAUCACCACCGAACGCAGAGAGCGUCCCUCUCCCCCCAGGAAGUUGUCCGUCCCCCAGGGGGAGGUCCAAUCUCGUAGGCUCCGCCUCCACUGGGUUGCCGGGAUGACAGGCUCCUCCCCCCUACGGUACUACUGCCUGCAAACCAGAGAGCUUCCAACCGGAGACUGGACCAGUCACUCUGCUGAUAUACCACACAAUUACACAGCCUGGACCGUAGAGAGACUGAAACCCUUCACGUCGUACAAGCUGAGGAUGCUGGCAACCAACGAUGUAGGAGACAGCAACUACAGCAAAGAGACGGAGACUGUUAUCACACUACAGGAUGUUCCUGAGGAGGCUCCAGUGAUAGUAUCAGUGAAACCCUCUACUACUACCUCUGUUCUGGUGCAGUGGCAGCGUCCCAGUGAGGAGAGCGUUAACGGGGUGCUGGUUGGCUACCGGCUGUACUACCGGGAGCUCCCGGUAAACUCCACCCCUAGUACGGUACCCCUGGAAGACAUGGCCAACAACACCACCACACGUGGUGACAUCACUGCUCUGACCAGCUUUAAGACAGUGAGCAGUGUUUCCUUAACAGAAUUUGAGUUAACGCAGCUGAAGAAGUUUAAGUGUUAUGAGAUCGUCAUGACAACCUAUAACAUCGUAGGAGAGAGCCCACCCUCUGAGCCGGCCACUGUAUCAGUUGGAGAAGCAGCUCCCUCCUUGCCACCCCAGUCUAUCAGAGCGGUGCCUGUCUCUCCUACUGUACUGGAGGUGACCUGGGACCUCCCACCCCUACACACACAGAAUGGACUCAUUCAGGGUUACAAGAUCCACUACUGGCAGGGUGACAGACAGAACAAGACAGAGAAGGUGACGGUGGUGUUUGUUCCUGACACGCGUGUUCGUCUGGUCAACCUCACGUGUUACACGUCCUACCUCGUCACGCUGUCUGCCUUCAACGUGGCUGGAGACGGCCCGUCCAGCGAACCCCGGGGCGCCAAGACCCUACAGGCUGCCCCCAGCCAGCCUAGUUUCCUGUCAUUUUCGGAGGUGACAGGAUGGAGUGUCAACGUCUCCUGGGGGGCGCCCAGCGCUUCUAACGGGGUAGUGGAGGGGUACAGGGUGGUCUACCAGCCCACACAGCCUGUACAGGGCGUGAGUCGGGUGGUGACGGUGGAGGUGAAGGGUAGCUGGCAGCGUUGGUUGAAGGUCAGAGACCUGACUAAAGGAGUAACCUACAGGUUCAGUGUCCAGGCCAGAACAGUCAGCUACGGACCUGCUGUCCACUGUAACGUCACCUCACAACCUCUACAGGGCACCCCUGGUUCGCCCAUGGAGAUGUCAGUCACCAAGUCCUCCUCGGCGCUGACCAUUCAUUGGUCGGAGGGAGAUGCGGGGGCGGGACCUGUCAUAGGUUACAUCAUCGAGGCUCGUCCCUCAGAUGAAGGGAUGUGGGACUCGUUUGUCAGGCUCCUCCCCCCCAGCAGUAGGUCAGCAACCGUGGAGAUGGACCGUCUGAGGUCAGGGGUCGGAUAUGAAUUCCGUGUCAUCGCUGUCAAUCGCUACGGUUAUGGAGAACCCAGCACGCCGUCCACCGCUCUCGCUGCUCUGUGGGACCGUCCCUUCUAUGAGGAGUGGUGGUUCCUGUUGGUCCUGUCUCUGAUUGGUCUGAUCAUGAUCCUCAUGUUGGUGUUCAGCCUCCUGCUGCACGGACACAACCACAAGUACAGGAGCUGCAGCACAGGAAAGCAUGUGUCUACGGUGGAGGAGUCCGUAACCCUGGACAACGGAGGAUUCACAGCUCUGGAACUCAACAGCAGAACUCUGAACAACAAGAGCACCUUCCACAAGAAGAAUGGAACUAGGUCCCCUCCCAGGCCCAGUCCAGGCCUCCUCCACUACUCUGAUGAAGACCUGUGUGAUAACUACAACAAUGGAGCCAUCCUCACAGAGAGCACCACGCUCACAGAGAAACCUGCUGACAUCUCAGAGUCUGAGGUAACAGACAGUGACUGUGAGGAUGAUCAUCAUCCUAAACAUUCCUUUGUUAAUCACUACAUGUCAGAUCCCACCUACUAUAACAGCUGGAAGAGACAAGCUAAAGGCCUGAAGGGGUUAAGUCUGGCGUCCGGCUACGAGGAGUGUUCCAGCACUGACGGGGCAGAGCCCUACUACCAGACCGUGGUCACACAGCACAGCACAGGGGGAGCGUACACACCCACUGGGCUGCCCGCGCACACACACACACUCCCACACACACUCCCACACACACACACGCACGCCAACCCCAAUACCAAUCCACCAGGCUCACGCACGCCCGUCACGGGGUUCUCGUCUUUUGUGUGAUUCGUGCACACGUGCGCACACACACACACACACGCACGCUCACACACACACACAGAGGGCGGAGCGGAGGAGGUUUGGAGCCCACUACUGUGGUAGGACAGAGGGAUGGAGGGAGAAGGGUGGAAGAGGAGGAUGGGAGGAAGGAGGGAGAGGAGAGGAGGAUGGGAGGAAGGAGGGAGAGGAGGAUGGGAGGAAGGAGGGAGAGGAGAGGAGGAUGGGAGGAAGAGGAGGAUAGAAUGAGAGGAGGAUGGGAGGAAGAGGAGGAUGGGGGAAGAAGAGGAUGGAGGGAGAGGAGGAUGGGAGGAAGGAGGGAGAGGAGAGGAGGAUGGGAGGAAGAGGAGGAUAGAAUGAGAGGAGGAUGGGAGGAAGAGGAGGAUGGGGGAAGAAGAGGAUGGGGGAGAGGAGGAUGGGAAGAUGGAGGGAGAGGAGGAUGGGAGGAAGGAGGGAGAGGAGAGGAGGAUGGGAGGAAGAGGAGGAUGGGGGAAGAAGAGGAUGGGGGAGAGGAGGAUGGGAAGAUGGAGGGAGAGGAGGAUGGGAGGAAGGAGGGAGAGGAGAGGAGGAUGGGAGGAAGAGGAGGAUAGAAUGAGAGGAGGAUGGGAGGAAGAGGAGGAUGGGGGAAGAAGAGGAUGGGGGAGAGGAGGAUGGGAAGAUGGAGGGAGAGGAGGAUGGAGGGAGGGAGAUGAGGAUGGAGGGAGAGAAGGAUGGAGGAAGAGGAGGAUGGAGGAAGAGGAGGAUGGAGGAAGAGGAGGAUGGAGGGUGAGGAGGAUGGAGGAAGAGGAGGAAGGAGGGAGAGGAGGAUGGAGGAGAGGAGGGGAGAGGAGGAUGGAGGAGAGGAGGAUGGAGGAGAGGAGGAUGGAGGAGAGGAGGAAGGAGGGAGAGGAGGAUGGAGGAGAGGAGGGAGAGGAGGAUGGAGGAGAGGAGGAUGGAGGGAGAGGAGGAUGGAGGGAGAGGAGGAUGGAGGAGAGGAGGAUGGAGGAGAGGAGGAUGGAGGAGAGGAGGAAGGAGGGAGAGGAGGAUGGGAGGAAGAGGAGGAUGGGGGAGAUGUAGAACCAAGAAAAAACAGUAUGCCCACACCUACACCCCUCCCUCUUUCCCUUCUCCGCCCCACUGAACAGGAAAGACUGUUGGUGUAUGCUUCUUAGUGGACUCUUCUUCCUUUCUGUCCUCUUAGUUCUCUUAGCUCCAGUCACUUCAUCGUGUCAAUGUGUGUUUCCAAAUCAUAGAUUUACUAUUGUGAUGUCACUGUGUACACACACAGUAGUUCUGCACUGUCACAGAAUAAAACAGUGAUGUCACAGAAUGAAACAGUGAUGUCACAGAGUGGAACAGUGAUGUCACAGAAUGGAACAAUGAUGUCACAGAAUGGAAUAGUGAUGUCACAGAAUGGAACAGUGAUGUCACAGAAUGGAACAGUGAUGUCACAGAAUGGAACAGUAAGGUCACAGAAUGGAACAGUAAGGUCACAGAAUGGAACAGUGAUGUCACAGAAUGGAACAGUGAUGUCACAGAAUGGAACAGUGAUGUCACAGAAUGGAACAGUGAUGUCACAGAAUGGAACAGUGAUGUCACAGAAUGGAACAGUGAUGUCACAGAAUGGAACAGUGAUGUCACAGCUAGGGAACUGAGAAAUGUGGAGUUACAGGCCCGAAAUCCAAGGGGACGGUUUUCAGGUUCACACCGUUUCACAGACACUGAAGCUGCUGAAACAGCUUUUAAAACAAAAACACAAGAAGAAGAAGCAAAUUCAAUUGACUUGAUAAUCAUCUCAGCUUUGGACUUGAGGGAGGAGAAUGUUGUAAGCAUUUAAAUCAUCUCCAGUACGAGCCUGUCUGUCUGGUUGUCAAGGAGACCAUUAGCUAGUUUAGUUAGUUUAGUUUGGCAUCUGAACCAUGUUUGCGUCCUAAAAGGCCCCCUGUUCCCUAUAAAGUGCACUACUUUAGACCAGAGCCUCGUAGGGCUGCAUAGGGAAUAGGGUUAGAUAUAGUCGUCCACUCCUCUACUGCCCCCAGACAUAAUGUGUUGUUGCCCUGGAAACAACCUCUCCCUGUCUACUGCCCCCAGACAUAAUGUGUUGUUGCCAUGGAAACAACCUCUCCCUGUCUACUGCCCCCAGACAUAAUGUGUUGUUGCCAUGGAAACAACCUCUCCCUGUCUACUGCCCCCAGACAUAAUGUGUUGUUGCCCUGGAAACAACCUCUCCCUGUCUACUGCCCCCAGACAUAAUGUGUUGUUGCCCUGGAAACAACCUCUCCCUGUCUACUGCCCCCAGACAUAAUGUGUUGUUGCCAUGGAAACAACCUCUCCCUGUCUACUGCCCCCAGACAUAAUGUGUUGUUGCCCUGGAAACAACCUCUCCCUGUCUACUGCCCCCAGACGUGUGUGUGUGUGUGUUUCUAGAAUGGCUUUUGUACAGAAGGAACGUUUUACUGCGGUAGCGUCACGUGCGUCUGACAUGGCUCCCUGUUCCCGAGUGGCGCAGCGGUCUAAGACACUGCAUCGUAGUGCUAGAGGUGUCAAAUCCAGGCUGUAUCAUAUCCGGCGCAGCGGUCUAAGACACUGCAUCGUAGUGCUAGAGGUGUCAAAUCCAGGCUGUGUCACAUCCGGCUGUGAUUGGGAGUCCCAUAGGGCGGUGCAGAAUUGGCGCAGUGUUGUCCGUGUUUGGUAGGCCGUCAUUGUAAAUAAGAAUUUGUUCUUAACUGACUUGCCUAGUUAAAUAGAAAUCUAUAUAUUUAUAUAAAGGGCAGCACUAUACUCAGUGCUCUGGUCUAAAGUAAUAUACUACCCUCAGUGCUCUGGUCUAAAGUAGUGCACUACCCUCAGGGCUCUGGUCUAAAGUAGUGCACUACCCUCAGGGCUCUGGUCUAAAGUAGUGCACUACCCUCAGGACUCUGGUCUAAAGUAGUGCACUACCCUCAGGGCUCUGGUCUAAAGUAGUGCACUACCCUCAGGGCUCUGGUCUAAAGUAGUGCACUACCCUCAGGGCUCUGGUGUAAAGUAGUGUACUACCCUCAGGGCUCUGGUCUAAAGUAGUGCACUACCCUCAGGGCUCUGGUCUAAAGUAGUGCACUACGAAUACCUGUUAACAUCCAUCUCUCUCUCUGUCUCUCCGUCAGCACCAGAGCGAGAGUGGGGAGAGAGGAGAGAGAGCGAUAGAGAGGGGACAUGUGAGGGAGAGAGAGAUAGAGAAAGAGAGAGAGAGAGAGCGUUAGAGAGGGGGAGAGAGAGAGAGAAAGAGAGAGAGAGAGAGACAUGUGAGGGAGAGAAAGAGAGAGAGUGGGAGAGAGAGAGAGGGAGAGAGAGAGAGGGACAUGUGAGGGAGAGGGAGAGAGAAAGAGAGGGGAGAGAGAAAGAGAGAGAGUGAGACGAAGACUGAAUGUCACACAGCGUUAGGUGUAGACUGAUGAUGUCAUCACAAUCCUUUUGGUUAUUAAAUUUCUUGUCAAUCUG